AUGCCGGUGAUCCGACCCGACUCCCCCUCCGACCCUCCCCCCUUCUCCUCCUCGUCCUUCCGACAGGCGGCCCUCCUCCUCCUUGUCUACCUCGUCCUCGGCGUCUCCAUCUACUCGUCCUUCCCCGACCAAUUCUCGGGCAUCGAGACCCACCCGGCCAUCGACGGCCUCUACUUCACCAUCGUCACCAUGUGCACCAUCGGCUACGGCGACAUCGCCCCUUCCACCCCGGCCGCCAAGGCCUUCGCCUGCGCCUUCGUCCUCGUCGGCUUCGGCCUCGUCCACGUCCUCCUCACCCGCGCCGUCGUCGGCCGCGUCGUCGAGCUGCACGAGCGCGCGAUCCUCCGCGCCGCGGCCCACAACAGUUACGUCGUGGACCCGGGUAAGGGGGGGCGGCUGCGGAUCCGGCUCAGGGUCGGGCUGGCUGUCGGGUCCGUGGUCGGUUGCGUCGGGGUCGGCGCGGGAGCCCUCCGGUGGGCCGAGGGGCUCGGCUGGGUCGACUCGGUCUACCUGUCGGUCGUCUCGGUGACAACCGUCGGUUACGGGGACAGGGCCUUCGCGACCGCGGGCGGGAGGGCGUUUGCGUCAUUUUGGCUCCUGUUCUCGACUUUGGCUGUCGGGAGGGCGUUUCUGUACCUCGCGGAGGCGCGAGUCGACAGGAGGCACCGCCAGGUGGCGAAGUGGGUGCUCGGCCGGGGGAUCACGGUUCGCGACGUGCUCGACGCCGGAGCGAUCAACGGCGGGGUACACGUCGAUCGAGGGCGGUUUUUUAUAAGCAAAUCGGAGUAUGUGAUCUACAAGCUCAAGGAGAUGGGGAAGAUUAGCGAGAAAGAUGUCGUGCAGAUCAGCGAUCGAUUCGACCGUCUCGACCGAGCCAAUUCCGGCAAGAUUACGCUGGCUCAUUUAUCCGACGCUCGUCGAUUGUAG